CCGCUUUGGUAUAUUUUAGCCUAAAAAUAUAAAUUUCCAGCAUAUUGUGACCUAACUUUUAUAUGACAUGGUACCAUUGCAGUUAACAUUAGCCAUAUUGAAGCCGCACGUUCUAAAAAACCCGGUAGCGACAGAAAAAAUCAAAUACGUCAUAUUGCAAUCAGAAUUUAAGAUUGUAAAGUUGAAAACCACCACAAUAAGUCUUAAAAAAGCACAGGAGUUUUAUGGCGAGCAUAAAGGGAAGUUUUUCUAUAAGAGAUUGUUAUCUUUUAUGACAAGCGGACCUUCAGAGGUUAUGAUUAUGGCUAAAAGGGAUGCAAUCUCACAUUGGAGGCAAUUAAUGGGGCCCACCAAAGUAUAUAAGGCACAGUUUGAGGCCCCAAAUAGUAUAAGGGGCAUGUUUGGCCUGUCUGACACACAAAAUGCUGCACAUGGCUCAGAUUCACCUGAAUCAGCUAAAAGAGAAAUUGGUAUAUUUUUUCCUGAAUUUAACUAUGAUAAGUGGUUCAAAGAGGAUGAAAUGCAUUUUAGAAACAAUGAUGUUCACUUUGUACCGUCUUUAUUUAUACAUCAAAUUAACAACAAGACAAUUUGACAUAACUUGGUUUAAUUUAGAAUUGUUUUAUUGUAUUUUGUACCUGAUAUACAUUUAUUUUAUAAAGCUUUAUGAUUAUGUUGUAUAUGUAAAUAAAUGUUUAUUUUAUAAAUGAAGUUAAAAAAUAUAUACUUAUAAUUUACAAUAAAUUAUUUUAUAAAUAUACAUUA